ACCAUGUGGAGGUAACGGUAAUUGCCCACACACAUUAUUACUCCCAUGAGCUGUCUACCUAUUUUCCCGUCCUUGACUCUCGCUCAUUCUCUCGCCCGCUUUCUUUUCUCGCACGCUCGCUUGCUCUCACUCUUUCUCUCACUCACUCACUCUUCGCUUGGCGAGAGUCCCCUCUCACUCUCUCCUCAUCGCCUCGCUCCUCUCAUCGUCCUGCCCCUCAUCCACCAUCGACCAUACCCUCAUCACUUCCAGGCCUCCUUUCCACCCUCACUGAUUCCUCCUCCUCCCUUUAUUCGCAGUGAUACUACACCCUCCACUGCAGGUCCAUCAUUUAUUUUACAUUAAUCUCACCCCGCACCCUAUUUUUCCGGCACCCACGCAAGAAGGGCAUCUCACCUUAGCACCGGACGUGUACUACUAGCACCUGCCUUUACUACGCUUAUCCGCUGCUAGUGCUGAAUGUCGCAAAGACGAUCGACCUGCAGAAUUUCGUCCAGCAAAACAACAGCUGC